GUCGCACCAGGUGACGCCAUUUUCACGCAGCGUCAGUUAGUCAGUCAGUGACUGGACCACCGGGCUGUCAUCUCCAUGGGCGGCCACUCUGCGGCUUCUUCUCCCCCCACGAAGCCGCUCUCCCGUCGGCAUUAGUUACUCGGAGCAGUCGCUGUCACGAUGGAGCCGCUGGAGCUCAGACUGAAGAGCGGAGGUGAAGCUAAACGUGUAGCUACGUAGCUCAGUGGACAUCAGUGAACCGCGGCGGUCCGUGCAGUGGAUUCCUUCCCCAGUUUGGAAAUAAAGUCACCCUCGAAUAUUCGUAUUCAAAUAUUUGAACACUGACAGUAAAGGAGCGGCGCCCCCACCUCUGAUUGGUCGUGAUUUUAUCCGGGAGAAGGGACAAGGAAGCGGCGGAACAGUCCGGCUACACUGGCAACGGAUGUCCUGAGAGAACGGAUGCGUGAGGACAUGUCCACAAUGGUGUGCGUGAAGGAGGAGGAGAACCCCGGGGAGAAGCUGUCCCAGGAUGAGAUCAUCUCCCGGACCAAGCAGGUGAUCCAGGGGCUGGAGGCCCUGAAGCAGGAGCACCACUCCAUCCUGGACGGCCUGCUGGGCACGCUGCGCUGCCUGAAGCAGGACGAGGAGGGCGUCCUCGUCGAGGAGAAGUCCCACAUGAUCCGCAAGUCCCUGGAGAUGCUGGAGCUCGGGCUGAGCGAGGCACAGGUGAUGAUGGCGCUGUCGAGCCACCUGAGCUCCGUGGAGUCAGAGAAGCAGAAGCUGCGGUCUCAGGUCCGCCGGCUCUGCCAGGAGAACCAGUGGCUGAGGGACGAGCUCGCCGGGACGCAGCAGAAGCUGCAGAAGAGCGAGCAGAGCGUGGCGCAGCUGGAGGAGGAGAAGAAGCACCUGGAGUUCAUGAACCAGCUGAAGAAGUACGACGAGGACCUGUCGCCCUCUGAGGAAAAGGACUCGGACUCCAGCAAAGAGAAUCUCGACGAUCUCUUUCCUGACGACCACGACGAUCAAGCCCCAGGCAUCCAGCCGGCUCAUGGCAGCGCGGCGGCGGCGGCGGCUCAGCAGGGAGGCUACGAGAUCCCGGCCCGCCUGAGGACGCUCCACAACCUGGUGAUCCAGUACGCCUCCCAGGGCCGCUACGAGGUGGCCGUGCCCCUCUGCAAACAGGCCCUGGAGGACCUGGAGAAAACCUCUGGACACGACCACCCAGACGUGGCCACCAUGCUCAACAUCUUAGCCCUCGUUUACAGGGACCAGAACAAGUACAAGGAGGCGGCCAACCUGCUGAACGACGCUCUGGCCAUCAGGGAGAAGACUCUGGGCAGAGACCAUCCAGCUGUCGCUGCCACCCUCAACAACCUGGCUGUCCUGUAUGGGAAGAGAGGCAAGUACAAGGAAGCAGAGCCUCUGUGUAAGAGAGCGCUGGAGAUCAGAGAGAAGGUUCUGGGGAAGGACCACCCAGACGUGGCCAAGCAGCUGAACAACCUGGCUCUGCUGUGUCAGAACCAGGGCAAAUAUGAGGAGGUGGAGUAUUACUACAUGAGAGCGCUGGAUAUCUACCAGACCAAGCUGGGCCCAGACGACCCCAACGUGGCCAAGACCAAGAAUAACCUGGCGUCCUGUUACCUGAAGCAGGGCAAGUUCAAGCAGGCCGAGACUCUGUAUAAAGAAAUCCUCACCCGCGCUCACGAGAGGGAGUUCGGCUCAGUCGACGACGUGAACAAACCAAUCUGGAUGCACGCUGAGGAGAGAGAGGAGCAGAGCAAGGGGAAGCAGAAGGACGGCUCACCGUUUGGAGAAUACGGCGGCUGGUACAAAGCCUGUAAAGUGGACAGCCCCACGGUGACGACCACCCUGAAGAACCUGGGCGCUCUCUACAAGCGGCAGGGGAAGUUCGAGGCGGCGGAGACUCUGGAGGAAGCUGCCAUGCGUUCCAGGAAACAGGGUCUGGACAACGUGCACAAGCAGCGCAUGGCCGAGGUCCUGAGCGAGCCUGAGAGCCGCGAGAAGCAGCGCAGCCGCGAGAGCCUCACCUCGGACACGGUGAAGUACGAGAGCGGCCCGGACGGUGGCGAGGAAGUGAGUAUGAGCGUCGAGUGGAACGGGGACGGCUCCGGCUCCCUGAAGAGAAGCGGCUCCUUCAGUAAACUGCGAGCGUCGAUCCGUCGCAGCAGCGAGAAGCUCGUGCGUAAGCUGAAAGGCGGCGGCGGCUCGUCGCCACGAGACAGCGAGCCCAAAAACCCCGGCAUGAAGCGAGCGAGCUCACUGGGCGUUCUUAACGUGGCGGACAAGGCUGUGAGCGACCACUACCAAGAACGAAAUAAUCGUCUGAGGAAAAGUCGCGACCUGAGCGCUAGCCACACUGACCUGGCGCAUUGAAGGUGACGGGGCGGGCGGAGCCUGUUAGGUCACAGGAAGUGGUGAGGACGGACUUUCUGUGCUGAGUCAUUGAUUUGACCAACCGCUGUAAAAAGAAACAAAACAUAAAAAAUACGUCAAGCGCUUUCACCGCACUUUGAAAGAUUUGUUCUCUUGCAGCGAGUUUCUGGUGUUUUUACGUUGUUUUUGAUGAAUGAAGACUUUUGCUUUUGAAGUUCUAUGUUUACAUUUUUGAAAUUGAUGUUUUGCUGCUCCGAAGUUUUUUUCUUUGGUUUUUUUUCUGAAAUAAGCCUCGGGAAUAUCCGAGCUCCGCGGUAAAAUAACGUAAAAUAAAGGCGAGGCUUUCUCAGGACGGAGGCUUUAGUUUCACACACUGACUGCAAACUUCAUUAUCUCUCCACACAAAAAAAAUCAUCCAGGUUUAUGUAUAAAACAAAAUACUCUCAACACUUUUACCACGAGAGUGAAGUUUUACAAAUCCAACCAAAAAAGUUUAUGCAAAACCUAUUUAAAGAAAGUUAUUAUUGUAUAAAAAAUAUUGCUAGAUAAAUAAUGUAAGAAUUUUCGUAAAUCAUCGUAAACCAGCGAUUCUUAAUAGAACCAAAGAAGUGGAAUUGAAGGUAAAUAUAUAUCAAAAGAAACAUACAAAUGAAAUAAAAAUACAGAUUCUUCAGUGUAAAAAUCGGAAUUGAAUUUACGUUCACUCUGCAAACACGCUCACAUUUUACUACGUUAUCGUCUUAAAGUGGUGACGGACUUGAAUAAGUUUAAUUUGUCAGAAUUUGAGGUUAAAGGUCAGAAAAGCCGGGCUUUAAGUGACGUAAGCUCCGUUUUUCGCAGUUUUGUGUGUACGAGAUUUAAAGAUUCUUAAAGCGGGUUUAUUCACUUUACAGACCGCUGAGUCAUCUAUCGCUGCCGUGAAUGAUGACUAUGCAUUUUCACUGGAUUCGCCUCUAUGCAGACGAUGUUCAACAAAACCUUCACAAGCUCAGAAAAUAACUUUACUCUUUUAUCUUAAGAGAAAGUCUAUUAAGUGUGAGUGGUUCUUCUAAAGUAAGGCUAAAUUGUCGGGUUUGACUGGAUUAUCUUAAUCUGGGAACAAAAAUCAAUGAAUUCAUACAUUAUUUUUAUAUUUUCAGUGAUUAUGUUUGGACCAACACUUUACAAACUUUCUCUUAGGAUUGAACAGGACAAUUAUUUUUUGUAUUUUGAAUACACUCUCACAUUGAACUUUUUUUGUUAUUAUAUUUAAAAAAACAAAACAAUUUAUUAUUAUAAAAUUUUUAGGGAAUUUUUGGUACUUUAUUAAACCCUGUAGGUAAAUUUCUUAUCAGAUUAUACCUGAUAAAGUCUGACAGAUUUUCUUCCACAUAAAAAGAAAAGUUAACCCAGUUCUAAUCAAGAAAUCAGGAAAUUCUGAAUUCUACGAUAGAUUUAAAAAAGAAAUGUAAAAUGCAAAAAAAUCCAAAAAGUGUCUUAUAAAAAAGUCCGUCCAUGAUUGGAAGAAGUUUGAUAACGAACAAGAAACUGUAAACUCUGUAAAUAUCAGGCAAACAGAAAAAACCACAACUUUAAGGUUAUUUUUAAAUUAUGAAAAAUGUUAGCGUUAGUUUUUCUCACAGAAGUUGGAUAUGCGUGUAUUUAGUUUGUUUUUGUUUUUUUGCAGGGCUGUGCAAUAAGCUUUUGUCUGACGUCUCCUUAAAUUUGCUUGAACAAAUCUUUACAUCUCACACUUUGAAUUCCAAUUCUUAAACCUGAUGUUAGCUUCGUGUCGUUCAGAGUUUAUGUGAAGGUUUUCAUUCCAACACUUUAUAAUGUAACGUUUCAGCUUUUUAAAUAAAAAUUGUUUUUGGUUGGUUUCCCAAAUAAAUAAUAAUAAAAACACAUACACGAAGCCCUGAAAUGUAAAUAAACAGUAGAUUGAAUAACUUACAACAUUUAUAGUUGUUUUUCUUUCUGUGCCUGCAACAAUUUAGUCAAAGUGAUUUUUUUUUAAAUGUCAAAGAUCUCAUUUUUAGAUGUUUGUUGACUGUUGAUCAGUCGGUUCAUCGACCUGCUUCCAGCUCUUAUUUCUAAUUCUCUCUCGUCUUAAUGUAGAAUCUCCACAAAGUAUCGAGGCACAUAAAUAACGUAAUAAACGUUGGAUAGUUUUAGUGGGCAACAAUUUAAACAAAAAGAUGAAUUUCUGAAAAAAACUAAAUAAAACAAUAGUUACAUAUUUUAAUUUGUUACAAUUUGUUGCAGAAGAAGCGGAGGCUCAUUUCUCAGCAUUUUGCAAAUAAAUAAGAAUUUAAAUGAAGAUAUAUAUAUAUAUAUAAAAUAUAAAAUUCCUUAAACCCAAUAAAACUGAUAAAAUAAAUAAGUUAAACUACGGAAACAAAGAAAGGCCAAAAAUAGUCACAUACGUAAAAUGACAGACCUGUUCAUUCUGGCCUGUUUUGCCUUCCGUAGUUUUACUUAUAAAUACUUUAUAAGUGAUCGUUGGACAAAAGCGAAGCGUCGUCGGCGUACGCAUUGUUCCUGCUCACACACACAUGUCGCGCUUGUACAGAGAAAAUCCAACAAAAACAGAAGGAAAAUCCUGAAAUGAAAUGAUUUCUGAGUGAGGACGAUGACUAUGUAGCUGAUGAUUAUGAUGAUGACAUGAAUGUAAAUUUGUGAUUAAUGAAAGCACAGUAGUUUUUUGUCGAUUGUGUUUGUGAAGGUAAAUUUCAGUCUCUUAUCUUAUUUUUCCUUAUAUGUGUUUUCUCCUCUCGUGUCUGUGGACCACGUUGUCGUGUGUGAUGUGUGAACUCUUAUGCGAGGGUUUAUACUCAGUGUCGCCCCCUAUCACCCUAUAAUUGAACUGCAGGUAAAUGUCAAAAAAUUAAAAACAAAAGCAAAAUUGUUUUUUUUUUUGUUUUUUUUAUAAUAUUUCCAGUGUAUUAUCACAUACAUAAAACAAACCAAUCGAAUAUAAUUUUGGAUGUAUUGAUGUCUGGUUGCCAUGGCAACAUACUGACUGCUGCUCCCUCCACUAAUGAGCUCCUAAAAAAUGUGGGUUUUUGUUGACAUUAUAAUUUUAUAAUCAAACCUUUUUUCCCCCUCUGUGUUAAAUGUGUGUUCACAGUAAAUAAAUGUUUCCUGGUUGAGACUGGCA